CACGCCAGCAGAGACGGACAGUACAUCUACUUGUGAGCCUCCGAUCCGAACCGAUUUGAUCUACGCCGUUACUUUCGGGAAUCUUUGAAUCCGCGCUAAAACCGCGAACAGUAGUAGGCGUUUCUUCCGGAGGCCCCCUACCUAUUCGCGAACCAUCACAUCAAGAACGUACCCCCGCGAGACACAGGUGGCACACCACCGCGUGCGCUGCUCCUAGGCUCUCGCCGCCUAACGAGAGUGCAACUGCAGUGUGCGGCCGACUUGUGUACGGGGAACGCGGAGAACGUGCUCGUUCCGACUCGCGGUAGUUUCGGAAAGCUCAAGAGAGGAGAAAUGAGAAUCAUAAUUCUAGUCGCAUUUGUCAUGGCUGUUCUGGCGGGAGUCUCGGCGCAAAAUUUCAGGCAUUUCUUCGGAUUUAAUCCUUAUAUUCAGACAGUAAUGAGAGAUCCGAGAUCGAAUAGAGGACCUGUAUUAUUCCCAGCUGGGCCGCCGCCUAACUCAGCUGACACCAGUGGCGUCGUCGUGGGCGCGAGCGGAUAUGGAUUUGUGCCACCCAGCGCAGGUUACUACACGUAUUUCUACUACUAAAUGUCGAACGAUAACGAAAAGAUGACAACAUAAAGGAGAUCAAGAUUUUGGACAUCACGGAGUCUAUUGAGAAAAAAUGUGGUAAAUUUAUAGAUCAGCGUUACGCAAUAAUAUGUGGCCAUUGAAAGAAAAACAAGUCUAAAGUAAUAUUUUAACAAUAGCUUUUCUAUUUAUAUAAUUAGAGGCGUGAGAAUACUUUUAUCUUGCGUGAACUUUACUGGGAUUACGUAAAGUUCUCGAGAUAAGAGAAACUAUUAGUGCAAUACAAAUAGAAUAAUGUAAGGAUGCGAUAAAACAUGAAUUUAGAAAGAACAGUUAGAAAAUAAAGUAUUAACGCAAAAAGUGAAAAUUUUACGAAACAGCGUUAGAGGAUAAAUGAAAUCCACAUUUUCUUAUCUCUUUGAUAAAACAUUAUAGAUUACUUAAAAUCAAUCUAUUAUAUCAAAUUCAUUAAUAUCGAAAUUGAUAUUACGUUCCCUGCUUCCUCUGGUCUUGAUAUUUAAUCGCCGCGAUAACCCCGUAUACGGCAACAAAAACGUCCGUUGUCUGCAUAUAAUGAAGUCUACGAAAGUACAAGUCUUGUAUUUUAUGGUGCAUUAUAUUACGGGUAUAUACUCGCGCCUUUGCGUGGCAGUAACGUUAAGGCGUGUACAAUUAUAAUAGGAACUGAAAAGCAUUGUGUACGACAGUGCAAUCCUAACAAAGCGAGCGAGGCUGAGCCGCGAUCCGCUUCAGUAUUCACAGUCGAGAUAUCCGAUUAUAAGAACAAGACCGGUAAAUAUAAGCGGGUUCGCGCUCGGCUGAAUUUAUGAAAAUCAUUAAACCCGACGGUAUGUUUUGCCGAGUGGUGGUAAGUUAUUUAUUGCGACUGCAAUGGCGAUUUAAUUAAGUGUAGAUAUGGCCUCUUUCGGGGAGAAUAAGGGGCGUUUACGAUCCCGAAAUCGCGAUCCGUGUUCGAAAUAUUUACAGUCGCAGUUGCAGUUGCACAAUGCAGUUUGACAAGUAAUACGUAACGUCGUAUGUAAAUACGGUAUAGAUUACGAUACACACACACGCAGAGUGAGAGAGAAAUGGAUCAGAGGCGCGAAUCUUAAUAAAGGUGUUGCUUUCAUUUCCGUGUAAUCUAACCGCGAUUUUUUUUUAACGCAAGAUACAUUCUAUAUACAUAUAUCAUCUAUCGCGUUCAAUUUCUCGGCUAAUUUAUUCCGCAUUCGUAUGCUUUGAUCGCGCGGUGUACGUACGCCAAAUGAAAAAUAUGCGUAAAUCCGCAGCGUAUUAACAUCUAGUGCCGAAAAAAUGUUUGCAUUCUAGGAAUAAUUAGUUCGCAUUUACACAAUUCUUCGCAAAAACACAAACAGUCGAUCUUAGAAGAUUUUUGUAAAAAUUUUUGUAAGAAACAUGUAA